CCCUGAUUUCUAAAGUUUUGUUUAUCAUUUAUUUUAUUUAGUUUAUGAGAAAAUGCAGCCUUUUAUCGUUAUACGCACUUACCGGGAAGAUGACGAACUCAAGUGUCAGGAUCUGGUGCGGGACUACAUUCUGUCGUUCUACACGAAAUCCUUCUUCGCUCUGAUGGUCCGAGAGAUUACACUUCAGUUCAUAGUCAUCACAUGGGCGAUAUUCUUCAUAUUUCUGGGAGUGCCCCUGCUCUUCUGUACCCUGUCGAUACCCGGAUGCAUCUUCUUUCUAUUUACCAGCACGUACUUCGCAUUCUACGCCAAGGCAAUGGAGCUCAUGAAGGUGAAACCCUCUCAAUCCCUGGUGGCAGAGUGCUAUGAGCCAUUUAUUUUUCGCUGUUCCCCCAAGGAAGCCAGCUAUAACAUCUUCGUGGAGAACUGCCCAUACGAUGAGGCUUACAAAAAGAAAUUCCGUCGUCGAAUUGUGGCCACCAUAAGUGUCAAAGACCACCAUGCUGUGUACAAUGCGGCUUGGAUAUGUCGCUUUGCGAUUGCUUCGGAUUAUCCCUAUCAAAAGAUCAUGGAGCCCAUGAUCAGUCUUGUAUCGAAGAAAUGCCACAGCGGUGGCUAUGGCUCGCUAGAGUGCACCAUUUCCGAGUGGCAGGAGAAUGAACGCGACUUCUAUGACGAAUAUGGCUUUGUCACGCGUCAGAUAUACCAUAAAAAGAUCAUUGGCAGCAGUCUUUCGGUGAUGAAGACACAAUUAACGUUCCGUUUGCACACCGAUGACAGCAUCCAGAAGCGAAACUAAAGCGAUGCGAGUGCAAUAUAUAGAGAAUCUCGAUCAACUGUGAACUUGUAGCACAAUAUUUAGAUAUUAAUUUUGUUGACUUCUCAGAUUCCUUUAACAUAUUUCGACUCUCCCACCCCACCCGCUUCCAACAGGUUGUAAUAUAUGUAUAUGUAAUGUAAAAAAAACACAGAUAAUAGCGCGUACAUUGCUUUUGUCCUGUUUUUAUUAUCUCUGGUUUAUUCUUUGAUUCUAUUUAAAUAAAUAAAUAAAAUAUUUAGUAAUAAAUAAA